UUUAUUGGACGGAUCAGUUAGAACUGAUGGGUAAAUGAGUUCUAAAGGCAAUGUAUUAGAACAAGCACAAUGCUUUCGGCAAAAGUUGCUGUUUUUCUGGAGAUGGCGGGCAAACUGCGUCCAUCGAAAACGAUUUCAGGUCGUCAUAACCGUUAGUCGAACAAACGGUGUCAAUAAACGUAAUAUAAUAGCCAUUUCCACCAAGGCACACAAUACUUAUUAGCGCUAAUUGAACGCUACGCACUGCAACUUUAUUUGUUGGACUGAGUCUCUUAAUAGACGGAACUGUUCAGAAUGUCCGAGGACCACACGGUGUGUAUUGUAAACAUGAAACCAUGUGCUCGGACUGAUGCUAUUGAAAACAAGCUGAGAAUUAGGAGCUUCGUGUUACUGAUGGUCUGUUGACCGAUAUUUUUGAUACGGUCGUCGUUACAUGCUGUUGCUUAGCCAUGGAUAAUAAAGCAGUGCAAAAAGGAACUGUUCUUACGUUUUGCGGUGCCAAUUUUUUUCGACAACGGUUGGUUUUGGCUACACUCAGUCAGCGUUCAAUUAUCAUUUCAAACAUCCGUGAACAUGAUCUCAGCCCUGGACUCGCAGACUACGAAGCUGACUUCCUCAAACUAAUGACUGAAAUUACAAACGGCACGGAGGCGAGUGUUAACGAAACAGGUACAGAGAUCUUCUACAAGCCAGGGGUCCUCCACGGCGGGAACAUUGAACAUUCAUGCGUACUUUCAAAGUCCGUUACGUAUUUUCUUGAAGGCCUUAUAUAUUUGGCUCCAUUUUGCAAGUCCGCCCUGAACGUUCGACUCUUUGGGAUAACUAACGAUUAUAUCGAACAGUCAGUCGAUUCGUUCAAACAAGCUGCCUUACCCAUUAUCGGCAAGUUCAUGUUUACUGAUGGUCUUGACCUUGAAAUCGUUAAUCGGGGAGCGCCACCUUUAGGUGGCGGAGAGGUAAGGUUCAAAGCACCCAUAUGCAAAACGUUACGACCAGUGCAAUUCACAAAUCCUGGCAAAAUAAAGCGAAUUAGGGGCUGGGCCUUCAGUAUGAAAACAAAUCCACAAGUAACAUCCAGAAUGAUUGAUUCGGCGAAGGAGCUGCUGCUUAGAUUUCUACCUGACAUUUAUAUUUACACUGACGUUUGCAAAGGAAAAAAAGGUGGUAAUUGUCCAGGUUUUGGGAUCUGCCUUGUAGCAGAAACCAAAGAUGGAGUAUUUUACGCCGCUGACGCAAUGUCUGAUCCAAGCAAAGGCCGAGAACUAAUGAUACCUGAGGAUAUCGGGAAAAAGGCGGCCGUCAGACUUGUCCAAGAAAUUUACCGCGGGGGCUGCGUCGAUACAGCUAAUCAAAGUUUAGUACUGUUACUUAUGGCGCUUGGCCCAACAGACAUCUCUAAAUAUCAACUUGGACCUCUUACACCAUACACAAUACAAUUUUUGAGACAUUUAAAAGAUUUCUUUGGAAUAACGUUCAAGAUCGAGCAGGAUCGAAGGCUGCCAGUUGAUAAAAACUCUGGUGAAGCCCUAAAGCUAGGAGGUGACAAAGUUUUGUUGACAUGUCUUGGCGUUGGGUACUUGAAUUUCAGCAAAAAGGUGUCCUAAUUAGGCAUAUUCAUGUAUAUACUUGUAUAUAUAUCGUUAAGAAAGACGAAUAAAGUCUGUA